AUGAAAUUAUUUUUGUUUUUUGGUUAGAUCAUACUAUUACUUAUGAAAAUGUUAUAAUAACUUUUGAUGUAUCAAGCCAGACAUUUGUUGCUAAUCUCAACAGUUCGAUACACAGUAAUCGGUCAUGUACAUAUAUGAUAGUUGGGGAAGUCUUUCCUGUUGGUAUGGAGGACAACACUCAGACAGUUGAAGCAGAUGAAAAAGAAGAAAUAUUUUUAUACAAAAUGGUCGGAUUAAGACCAUGUACAAAUUAUACUGCUUAUAUAAGGGCUGAUAAAGAUUCUUUGGAAGUUCCAUUCUCUACAUUAUCAUCUAUUGUACAAGAUCUGCUAGUAUCUACUGAAGGGAAUGGAUCAGUUAGUGUACAGUGUGUGUUUGUAUCAGGAUCAACUGCUGAUGGAUGUCAUGUGAUAUUUACUGAUAUUAGUAAUGGAAGGAAGGAAUACUUUAAUAUAACUGGAUCAGGCAGUGCAAUACCAUCAUUAUCAACCAGUGGAGUAUACCAUGUAGUUGCAUACGACAUUAUUGAUGAUGGCAGUAUUACUCCAUGGACUUGUGUACAACCUAAAAUAGUUAAUGUGACUAUUAUAACUACUGCUACUUCCUCCAACGGAGGUAGUACUUUCAGCUCUAGUUCUUCCUCUACUACCAUCAGUAGUUCAACUCCUGUUACUACACCAUCAUCAUCAACUGUUAUUAUUGGAACUAAAACUAAUGCACCAGGAAAUGCUGGUAGCUCAAUGGUCUAUAUCAUUGCUAGUGUGUUAUUUGUACUGAUGUUGAUGAUAAUAAUAAUAAUGUUCACUUUGUGUGUGGUUGCUGUGAUGAAAAAGAGGCAAAUGAUCAAAGUUACACUUAAUGCAGAAAUUGCUGCCUGUCAUAAACCACAAGCAGUGAUGAGUCAUUAUCAAGAGAUAUAUAUUGUACCAGUUGCUAUUGAUGUGUUAAAAGAUGAAGGAUCUGAAGUUCCAACAACUGGACCAGUACAAUGGAAUAUAGUGGAUCCUUAUCAUGUUCCUACUGAUGAAUUACUGGCUAUUAGGAAUGGGCGAUCUGAUCAACACAAUAAUUCCCUUGAUACUACUACAUCUCCACAAGAGGGACAGACUCAAAAUAGCUCAUCACCAUCCAGCCAUGAGUCUCUUGGUUCACCUCCAAGUAUUCCUACUCCAUCAAACUGUCAUGAUACUAAUCCUACUGUUACUGUUGAUGGCAUUACUGCUGUGUAUUCUGUUGCUGGUAGGAUUACUGAUACUGAUCUUGUUGUUAAUACACUACCUGCUGAAUAUGCUGGAGGUAUUAGUGAAGGACAACCAACAUAUAGCUCAUCAUCCACUUAUAAUUCUACUGCUCCAUUACUACGACCUGGUCAUGAGGAUGAUGAUAAUAUUGCCACUGCAUAUACUGUUACUCCUGCUACUGUUGCUCCUACUUAUGCUUCUAUUGCUAAAAGGACUGAUACUACUGUUGUUCCACCUGCUGUUGAUCAACCUGUUGUGUAUGAUACAGUUAUUGGAGAUAUUGAUAAGAAAGGCAAAGUUACCACAUACCCGUGUGUUGACAACAUUGUUACUGGAGAUGUCACCUCAACUGCUGGUGGAGAUAAGGUUGCCUAUUUGUCAGAUAGUCAUAGUCCUUGCGAUGAUGAUGUAAAUACCGCUGUUGAGUCUGCUACUGGCACUGUACAAAGUGAUUAUCCUUGUUCUGAAGCUGAACAAGUUUCACAAAUGAAUGGAACUACUACUCUCUGUGUUACAUCGCCGACUAAGCAACAAGAUCUACAGCAAUUGAAAGUAGACAAAGAAAAAAAUAUUGAAGUAUCAGUUUGUUCAGAAGAGAAAGAAGAGUGAACUUUGGCAAUAAAUAAACACAACAUCGACUUUAACGAACAAUGCAAGAAAUGACCACUUUCUUUAUCUCAAUAUUCUCAAUAUCAUUACUGUGUUAUUCUGUUGCUAAUUUUAAUUGUUUAUCCCCUUAUGUUUUUGUAUUAAAAUAACUUUGUAUUGUUUCAACUCAAACUUCUCAUGUAUCACUGA